GGUGCAUGAUGGGCGGGCUUUCGCGGGUCCUGAGCGUGAGGAACAGUGUUGACCCUGAGCUACAACACAGAGCAUCUCGGGAGGCCUGCUCGAAGGUCUGUGGGAAGCGACAGGAACUCGGUGAGAGAACGGCGGUGCCAAACGGACGGCGGGGAUGCUUAGACCAGGGCGGGGAGGCGGGCCCGUCGGGGUCGGCCCCGCCCCGCCUCCCCUGAGCCUCCGCCGGCCUUGGCGUGCUCUCCCGCAGGAUGGGGCGAGUGGCCGCACCUAUCCACGGGAUGGUGAGCGCCCAUCCUUUCCCCCCAGCCCACCCAUGCCCGGCUACGAGCUGCCCGUGGGCACGUGCGUGGACAUGUGUCCGGCCGCUGAGCGCGCCCAGCGCGAAAAGGAGCGCCGCCUGCACCGCUUCGAGGUGGCGCCGGGGUGUCGCGGGCACAGGCCCCGAGCCGACCCGCAGCGCGCAGUGAAGGAGUACAGCCGGCCGGCCGCCGGGAAGAUCCGGCCCCCACCGAGUCAGCUGCGUCCGCCGUCCGUGCUGCUGGCCACCGUGCGCUACCUAGCCAGCGAGGUGGUGGAGCGCACCGACGCGUCCCGCGCAGAGAUAGCCAGCUUCGUGGCGGACCGGUUGCGCGCCGUGCGGCUGGACCUGGCCCUGCAGGGCGCGGGCGACGUCGAGGCGGCGUUGGUGCUGGAAGCGGCGCUGGCAGUGCUGCUGGCAGUGGUGGCGCGGCUCGGACCCAGCACAGCGCACGGGCCAGCGGACCCGAUGUUGCUGCAGGCCCAGGUGCAGGAGGGCUUUGGUUCUCUGCGGCGCUGCUAUGCGCUGGGCGCCGGGCCCCACCCCCGCCAGGCCACCUUCCAGGGCCUCUUUCUGCUCUAUAACCUGGGCUCGGUGGAGGCCCUUCACGAGAUUCUGCAGCUGCCCACUGCCCUGCGUUCCUGCCCAGCCCUGCGCACUGCCCUGGCAGUCGACUCUGCCUUCCGCGAAGGCAACACUGCACGCCUGUUUCGCCUGCUCCGGACCCUGCCCUACCUGCAGAGCUGCGCCGUGCAGUGCCAUGUGGGCCGUGCCCGCCGGGGAGCCCUGGCCCGCCUCGCUCGUGCCCUGAGCACCCCCAAAGGCCAGACCUUGCCCCUGGGCUUCAUGGUCCACCUGCUGGCCCUGGAUGGGCUCAAGGAGGCACGGGACCUGUGCCAGGCCCAUGGACUGCCCUUAGAUGGACAGGAGAGAGUUGUGUUCCUGAGGGGUCGCUACACUGAGGAGGGGCUGCCACCUGCCGGGACCUGCCAAGUACUGGUGGGGAACAAGCUUGGAGGGCGCACCCUGGAAGAGGUGGUCACGGCAGAGGAGGAAGAUGAGGCUGUGGACAGACCCAAGUCUGCGGCCUGAGGAGGGCUGUGCAGUCUCCCAGGGCCCCAGGACCGGGGCUGAAGCGCUCAGGUUUUUUUUUUAAUGAUUCCCACACAGUAAAAGGAACUCGUUGGGCAUCCCUGGUGGCGCAGUGGUUAAGAAUCCACCUGCCAACGCAGGGGACACGGGUUCGCGCCCUGGUCAGGGAAGAUCCCACAUGCCGCGGAGCAACUAAGCCCGUGUGCCACAACUACUGAGCCUGUGCUCUAGAGCCCGCGAGCCACAACUACUGAAGCCCGUGUGCCUAGAGCCCGCGCUCCGCAGCAAGAGAAGCCAUCUCAACGAGAAGGCCGCGCACCGCAACGAAGAGUAGCCCCCGCUCGCCGCAGCUAGAGAAAGCCUGCGCACAGCAACAGAGACGCGACGCAGCCAAAAAUAAAUAAAUAAAAUAAGUCUAAAAGUAAAUAAAUAAAUGAAAGGAACUUGUCU